GGUUUUCUCUCAUGGUCUUGAGUUCGUUUCGUAUGCCAUCCAUGUGUGAUUGAAAAUUCGCUUUUAUUUACACCUAAUUGAGGGAUAUCACCAUCAUUUUUUGUGGUGAUUUUGUCUUUUUAAGUAGUGGAAAUUUAUAAGAACACAUUGCUACGAGCUUUAUUCUAAAAAUAAGUCACUAUUGUUUAUUUCAACAUCAGUGAAUUAACCUUCAGAUUAAAACGAAAUGGAAAUUAAGCUCUUAUCAUGUCCAUUAUGCCUUAAACCACACUUCGAAGGGGUGGAUUCAUUAAGAAGUAGUUUAAUAACAGCAGCAACAUCUCCAAUAUCAUGCCCAGUAUGCAACGAGCUUUUAAUGGGAUUAGACAAAUUAACAAUCCAUCUAUUUAGCCACAUCCAAGAAAAUUUCAUAAAAGCAACCACGAUUCAAACGAUUCCUUCCAUAGUUCAUUCUGAUCAUACCCCGGAUUUUUUUUCUUCGAAUCAACUCAACAUCCUUCAUACAGAAUCGCAAAGCGAAACAGAUAAAAUUUCAAAAACGAAAUUGAUUCGUUGUGAUAUUUGUAAUUUUUCAUUUUCCGAUGAAAACAUUUUGGAGAUGCACCAAAAACUUUUACAUCAAACGCAAGCGGAUUUGCAAACCGGGAAGUAUAGUUAUCAUUGUCAUUUGUGUAGUAAAAAGUUUAAGAUGAGAGGAAGUCUGAUGGUGCAUUUGAGGGUGGCUCAUUUCGGUUUUACGAAUCAACAAGAAACCGCGGUUAUUAAUAAAAGUGUUGAAAUCGAAAAUAAAUUGAUUCAACAACCAAAAAUUCAGGAAAAAGACGAGAAAGAUGUAAAUUCGGAAAAGAUUGAAAAAUCUGAGAAUAAACAAUGGGCAUGCGAUGUUUGCUUCAAAUUAUUUACAACUAAAUAUUUUUUAAAGAAACACAAAAGAUUGCAUACUGGUGAGAUGCCGUAUUUUUGUACGCAAUGUAAUAAAUCAUUUACGUUUCAACAAUCAUAUCAUAAACAUAUGUUGUAUCAUUCAUCCGAAAAGCCACAUGUUUGCGGAGAAUGUGGUCGAGCUUUUAAAGAAUUAUCCACGCUUCAUAACCACGAACGAAUUCAUUCAGGAGAACGUCCCUUUGCUUGCGAAACAUGCGGAAAAUGUUUUAGACAAAGAGUUUCUUAUUUGGUUCAUCGCAGAAUACAUACAGGAGUUAUGCCAUAUAAAUGUACAGCUUGCGACAAAAGUUUUCGAUACAAAGUUAGUCAAAAAUCUCAUAAAUGUCUCGCAAAUCCCCCAGGAUCCGUUAUUAGAGCACCGAUUUUAGUCGAUAAAAUUAUCCAAAAAGCUAAUAAAGUAAAUAAUAACGAAAAGAGUUCGAGUGAGAGUGUUAAUUCGAUCGUUUUUAAUGCUCAAGGAGAGAUUAUCGGUCAAAAUUUUGCUUAUGAUGGGCAAAACAUUAUAAGAGUACCCCCAAAUAAUAACAACAAUGAGAAUAAUAACAAUCAAACGGUGGAUAACUCUUAUGGAGGUGGUGAGAAUACGGAUUUUUUUUCGAUGGUUUUAUCUCCCGGACUUCCUGAUGUCCAAACUCUUUAUUUAUCCAGUCCUGAAGAUCAAUCAGAGAAAAAGGGAAAUAGUUUGGAUACAAUUAAUGAAGAAUCUUUUAAAAAGUUGUUAUAUGGGGAUCAUCAAUGAAAAUAAAUUAUAUUGAUUUUGUAACCAA